AUGGUGGCCAAUCAACUGCAAGACAUACACAUAGGGAAGGUUUCAUCAGACUCACCAGUCAGAGUGAAUAUGCUGCUCGGAGACGUGUUUCCUGACUUUGAGGCAGAGAGCACCCAUGGCAAAAUUACACUCCACGAAUUCCUUGGGGACUCAUGGGGAAUCCUGUUCUCCCACCCUAGAGACUACACACCUGUGUGCACCACAGAGCUGGGCCGAGCUGCCAGACUGCACGGGGAGUUCAGUCAACGUGGGGUCAAAAUCAUCGCACUGUCUGUCGACUCUGUGGAGGAUCAUCACGGCUGGGCCAAGGACAUCCUGGCGUACAACUGUGAAGAGUCGACCUGCUGCUCGCUGCCCUUUCCCAUCAUAGCGGACAGUAAACGGGAGCUGGCAGUGGCUCUGGGCAUGUUGGACCCAGACGAGAAGGACAAAGAUGGCAGGCCGCUCACUGCCCGCUGUGUUUUUAUCAUUGGUCCAGACAAACGGCUGAAACUGUCACUGCUCUACCCUGCCACCACAGGACGCAAUUUUGAUGAGAUCCUGAGGGUGGUGGAUUCACUCCAGCUCACUGCAGGGAAAAGUGUUGCCACAUGUGCUGACUGGAAGCCUGGAGAAUGUGUGAUGGUUCCACCAGACAUGUCUGAAGGGGAGGCUGCCUCUUUGUUUCCUGCUGGCAUCUACACCAAAGAUCUGCCGUCUGGCAGGAAGUAUCUGCGCUACACACCGCAGCCAUGAACACAACACUGGCCUGAAACUCUACAAUAAACUGAGGUUUAGGUUGUUACAAUGAUACAGUUUCUUUCUGGGAUUUUUCAGAAAGGUGGUUGUACAUUCUGCUACUGAUACAUUAUCAACACUGACCUCAACAUGCAUGCUACCAUGAGCACACUGAAAACACAGCUGCCAGCAAGGACAGAAGGAAAGAAACAUAACAAAAGGCUCACAUGAUAAAAAUGAAUGCCCGCUUCAGUCUAUGGUAUCUCAAGAAUAUGUCAUGCCACUUUUUCAUGCAGAUAGAGCCGUGAACUGCUCACCCCUGCACCAUAGUUCAUAGAUGGAAUCAGCCAUUUUACAUCACAAGUUUAUAAUCCACUGCUGCCUCCAUCAAAUAUGUCGUCUUGUAGGACCACACGGUUGGUUUGGUGGUUUGCUUUUGCAGCAAGAAAUAUUCACAAAUUCAGCUGAUUUGAAAUGUCAUAUACAUUUUGGUCAGUAUAGUUUGAAGACCAAUACAAAAGGAAGUGAGCUCUGCAUGUCAUAAACACAUGUAAUUAGGUAAUGAGGGCACAGAAGACAACCACAACCCUACAGGUACCAUUUGACAAACGUGCUGUUGCUGUAGCAAACACACCAUAAUGAAAGCAGUUGUUCGCUGACUUCCAAGUCUUUGAACUUUUGACCUAAUUUCAGCAGUAAUCUUGAACUUACUGGGCCCGAUUCUAGCAGUUUGAGUCUCUGACUAUCAUUGAGCUUCAUACUUCUAACCCUGCUUUUACCCACUCACCAAAACUGCACAGAGCAACUAGAGGUGCUGAAUGGAAAUGAAAGAGGCUUUGAAGGCGACGGCCAAGUUGCACAGCCACGUUUCUACAGAGCAGACAGUGCAACAAGGAGUCCUCUUUUUGUUACAAUCUGCAGUCUCACCUUUAUUUGUCACUAAUUCUUACCUAUUGAACUAUUAAUGUCAAGUUGCAUGGUGAGGCUGUAAGUGCUGGAGCAGUAGCAGAACUGUUUAUUUACAAACAACUGGAAAAACUUACAAGGAAAGGCCAUGAAAAAUAUGGAUUUAAUGUAGCCUACUUACACUUGAAUGAGAGUAAGAUGUGGGAAAAUCACCCCUGAGGAACAAUAACAGCUUAUUUUCACCCACAAACGAACAUUUAAAACAAAGCAUUGUUCAGCAUCAAAGAACUUGCUUCGUCAUAAGCUCGCUGAUUCAGUUUUGUGUGGGUAGCAGCGCUCUCCUCAUCCCGCUC